GCCUCACACCACCGAGAAGCCCACGGCGAGUUCAAAUGUAUUCGUAGUGAACACGGCGGGAAUAAAAAUUUAAAUAUGACACCAGAAAGGAUAAGGUCUACGAAGAUUAUUAACUAACGAUAUAGGGAGAAUGACAAGUGUAAAGUGGCAGGACCGAUUGAAAGCGCUGGAGCAGAGGGCUCUGUCCUUCCGAGCCGCGCCCAUUUGCAGCGCGUAUAAACCUCAUCUCUCGCGACCGUGGCAGCCCUCGUCCGUCUGGAGGAUCUUCCCACGGCAGAGUGCUGCCAUCAUCUUCAGUCAGCGUUGCAAACAGGACGUACAUGUUUUUGCCCUGGAGAGAGAGAGCAGAGAUGCGGGGCACAGGGUUUAUCUGGUGACCAGCUACAGUGAGCUCUGGCAUUACUACAGUUCUCACAGACAGUCACUGAUGCACUGUUAUGAGGUGAUUCCAGAGGGUGCAGUCUGCAAAUUGUACUUUGACCUAGAAUUCCACAAAGCUUCUAAUACACAUCUUGAUGGCAAAAAGAUGGUGGCAUCACUAAUUCAGUAUGUUUGUGAGAAGCUGGAGGAGGUGUAUGAUGUGCACUGCUCUGCAAAACAUGUGCUGAACCUAGACUCCAGUACUGCUGAGAAGUUUAGCCGCCAUCUUAUUUUCCUGCUACCCAACUCUGCUUUCAAAGAAAACAUACAUGUCGGCAGGUUUAUCCAUAACAUACUUAAGCCUGCUCUGAACAGUCUUCAGAAAUGCACAGAAGCUCUUGAUGCAGCGCCACACCCCUCAGACAUUGGUGACCUCAGCGAGGGUCCUCUGUCAAAGAGAAGAAAGGAUGAAGAGAAAGACCUGACCUUCCUAAUUGUGAAGACCAAAGAUGGCCAGAAGCAGCUAUUUGUGGAUCUGGGAGUCUACACCAAAAACCGCAACUUCCGUCUCUACAAGUCCUCCAAGCUGGGGAAGAACGCUGCCUUCACUGUGGCUGAGGAUAAUGCGUUUGUACCAAAGCCCGACAAGCACACCACAGAAGAGGAACGCAUAUUCCUGGCUUCCUUAAUUACCAACGUCAGUUUUACAGGUCAGAGGAUUCUGGAGUUUGAUGCUCCAGAGAUGAGUUCAGCAGGAUUUCAUUGUUCAGCCCAGCACAGAGUUCCACAGGGCUCAGAGCUUGCAGGUGAACAGCAGGCAUCUCCAUACAAGGAACUAGAUGACUUCGUGUUGACACUGGUCUACAAGGAUGGUAUUCAAGGAAGCUUUAGGCGCUGGACCUACUUUGUGUCCGAGCAGCUUCUGGUUUAUGACAUCGCAAAGUUCCGCUGGUGUCAUAAUGUUGGCCGAUUCCACAAGAGCAACAACAUCAUUAUUGUGGUGGAUAUGAAAGAAGAGGUGUGGUAUCAGAAGUGUCACGAUCCUGAGUGCAGGAGACAGAACUACAGAUCCUCUAGUUUCCCACUACCACAAGACGUCAGCAUGAGCUAUAUGUUGAAGGAGGAUGAGGAGGACCAGUUGUUUCUGAUGGAUGAACUGGGAAACAUUGAGUUGAGCCAGAGUUCUGUCCCAGCCCCUGCUUCUGGACGGGACAGCCAUGCAGAGCCAGCCAUCUCACGCUCCCAGACAAAGGACACAGAUGCAUGGGCGGAGGGGCCUGAUGACCCGUUCUAUCUAGAGGCCCUGGAGGAGGUGGAGCGGACCAUUGAGGAAAAGGGGGAGAUCUCUGACGAGCUUAUGAUCCAGGCAGUGACAGAGUGUGAGGGUACACUUGUCUAAGAUCCUGUCAUUCUUAGGCUGACUAAUGUUGGAUGAAAACUACAGCUGUGGGACCUAUACACUAUAUACAUGACAUGUUUAAAUUUUGUAACAGGUACUACCCCUCCAAAAGGGGGUUAUAUACUAUGGGAAGGAAAUACGUAUUCAAAAUGGAUUUGUAACUUGAAUGAAGGCUGAAGUGAGAAGUGAUUGUGGGGCUUCUGUCAAGGAGGGUAUGAUAUAAUGAGAUUUUAAUUCUCUUCUGAAAAUGUUUAAGUAGUGAGAAUGUUCUGCAGGUAAUCUUAAGCUUAAUACUUAAGUUAUUGUUUUCCUAUUAUUUAGGGUGGUUUUAGUGCAGUAACUUGACUUUUAUUUCUCUGACUACACACGCUACAUCUUGCUCACAUUCAGUCUUAAAAACAGACAUGUGUUUAGCAGAAUUUAAGAGUAGGGACACUGAAGAUAUUUCUUUUGUAAACCAAAUGAAAUGCACUGGUAUGCAUUUGAGCACAACGUGAAGAACAUUAGUUAAUUCUAACUAUACGAGCAAAAGUUUCGAAAAGGUUGCAAAUGCCUGUUAGAGCACCCACCAUUUCACUGCGAGUUAUACUGUAUGACUGUAUGUGACGAA